AUGGCAGAACGCCUAGCUGCAGCUGUCAAUGCGGCGGUUGUCAGCAUCCGACGCGAGCUGAUCUCUUCAGGUAAAUACACAAAGGCAUCAGCCCCGUUGCAGCGGCCGCCGAGCGCACCCACCGUGCGAGGCGCAGGAGAGGCGCUCUCUCCACAAAGCAAGGAGGCGGUCGAAUGGGGAUUUGCCAACAUCCCGCGAGUGUUCAAGCUGGCAGUAGUUGGAGGGUGCUGUGGUGGCAAGACCGUAUCACGCAAGCCCAUCGGAGCAGCGCUGCAUGAGAAAGAUUCUCGGGCGCAAUUCUUCUCCACACCGGAGAUUGCCACGGUUCUCUUCAACCAGGGAGCCAUGAGCAACGGCUCCUAUAUAGGUUUCGUGGACGAGGAGUACAUCGAGUUCGUCAUUCAGUCUGAAAUACUCCAAUUAGUCUUUGAAGGCCUUUGGGCCCAGGGUGCUGCGUUGUCACUGGUCUCGACCAAUUAUGCAGUGCUAAUGACUGACCGAGAUGCUCUUGACGGCCGCACUUAUUCCAGGCCUUUGGCCUCCUGGGCUCCCAUUGGAUGGUCGAGGAUAUUGGACGAGACAGGCAAGCGCAUCCACAUACCGGGUCUUACCGAGUCUGACUUGUCACGGCGCUACGAGAUUGGAGCAAUUUUCUGGCAUUCGCUCGCCAACAACCAUGGCAAACUUGAUGCGGCUGAUUAUUAUCGUGAUUGCCAGAAGCCCACACGGCAUGAGUCUGCUCAAGAAGCUUUCGACAACGACCUGAAUGCAUCUCAGGUCUAUGAAGAUGGCUAUUCGGCGGACCGGAUUGUUUGGUUGUCAAGCAUUCACUACGGACCAAUGACACCCAAAAUCCAGAAGCCGCUCGUCCAAACAAUUAUUCGGCCCCGUUUGCUUGUGUUGAGAGCAUACCAGCUUUCUUCAUGGUGUGUGCAGAGCGUAUUUCCCUCCUGGUGCUGA